AUGGGUCAAGGCGGCAACGAUUUCAACGCAAUCAGGAUUUCCCUCGCCUCGCCAGAGCAGAUACGGCUGUGGUCAUACGGCGAGGUGCUUAAGCCGGAGACUAUCAACUACCGCACGCUUCGUCCGGAGAAGGACGGGCUGUUCUGCGAGCGCAUUUUCGGGCCGACAAAGGACUGGGAGUGCUACUGCGGGAAGUACAAGAAGAUACGGCACCGUGGCAUAAUCUGCGACCGCUGCGGUGUGGAGAUUGCGCGCGCGAAAGUGCGGCGUGAGCGCAUGGGGCAUAUCUCGCUGGCGGCGCCGGUGGCGCAUAUCUGGUUCUCAAAGGGAACGCCGAGCCGUCUGGGGCUGAUGCUGGACCUUUCGCCGAAGAACCUGGACAGGGUGCUCUACUUCGCGCAGUAUCUCGUUACGAAAGUGAAUUCGGAGAUGGUCGUCGAAGAGGUUGACCGUCUGCAGAACGGGCUUGAAGCCGAACUGCUGCGGAUGGAGGAGAAACUUCUCGAGAAGACGGAAGAGGUACAGGCGCAGCUUGACGGCGCCGAGGAAAACGGCCUUUCUAUGGAGCGCCAAGAGGAGUUGCGGGAUGAGAUCCGGCAGCUGAACCUGAACUUUGAGGAAGAGCGCGACAAUCUGGAGACUGAGAUUCAGGACCAGAUUGACGACAUGGAAGGGCUGAGUGUGGGCGACCUGCUCACGGAGAGCCGCUUCCGCGACCUUCGGGGAUAG